UCGUCUCUCUCGGUCUGUUUUUCUGCCUGUGUUUGUCAAAAACAAGUACAAAUGAGCCACAUGCUUAUUAUCCAGAAACCAGUGGUCAUCAGCAUGACAGUGUCACACCUGAAUGCCAAAGAUGACACAUCACGUUCCCCCACCACUGACUGAAGCUGCUCAAACUAAACACCUUGGCAAUACCACUGACACACACCGACAGUGGGCUGAAAGGCCCUGCCUCCGUCUCCUUUUUGUCUGUGUGUGCGUUAGAGCAAAGGUGAGUGAACCUUCUCGAGGAUGUCUGGAGGAGAAGGCACUUGUUCCUGAGCUGAAGGAUCUUGUCUGACUUCCACAGGAAAAUGGUUGGGAAGUCCCUGAUUGCUGGUCUGGUGGUCCUUCUGGUGGCUGCAGUGAGCCUGUUCCUGGGGGUGUUCAUGGGACUGGGGAAGAAAAACCCGCCUGCCCCCUUGGAUCACUUCUACUCAAAGGCUGCCGUGGCUGCUGACGCUGGGAAAUGUUCAGAAGUGGGGAGGGACAUCCUGAAGAAAAACGGUUCAGCCGUUGAUGCGUCCAUCGCUGCCUUGCUAUGCGUUGGCCUUCUGAACGCACACAGCAUGGGCAUCGGAGGGGGGCUCUUCUUUGUCAUCUAUAACGCUUCCACGGGGAGGGUGGAAACCAUCGAUGCGAGGGAGACGGCGCCCAUGAACGCCACUGAAGACAUGUUUGGCAACAACACCAAGCUCUCUCGUACAGGUGGACUGUCUAUAGCCAUUCCUGGGGAGAUCCGUGGUUAUGAGAUGGCACACAAGAGGCAUGGCAGGCUGCCAUGGAAGGACCUGUUUGCGCCCAGCAUCGCUUUGGCUCGUGAUGGAUUCCCAAUUGGUAAAGCUUUGGCUCAUGCCAUCCUCAAGAGCAAAGAUUCCAUUCAGAGAGACGCCAACAUGUGUGAGGUGUUUUGUGAUUCUCAAAGAAACAUCCUGAAGGAAAACGACAUUGUUAGGUUUCCAAAGCUGGCCGACACAUACCAAAGAAUAGCAGAAGAAGGGCCUGACGUGUUUUAUAACGGGUCAAUGGCACAGAGCAUCGUCGAGGACAUCCAGGCGGCAGGUGGCAUCAUCACCCUGGACGAUCUGCUGGAGUACCAGCCUGUGCUGAACGAGAACCCUCUGAGGCUGAACGUUGGGGAAUACACCAUGCAUGUUCCAGACGCCCCCUCCAGUGGCCCUGUGCUGGCACUCAUACUCAACAUAGUGGAUGGGUACAACUUCACAGACACGAGCGUCUCCACAGCAGAGAAAAAGACUCUGACGUACCAUCGCAUCGUAGAGGCUUUUCGUUUUGCUUAUGCCAAGAGGAGCAGACUUGGAGACCCACGUUAUCUCAAUAUUACAGAUCUCAUCCAAAACAUGACCUCAGACUACUUUGCUGAUGGCAUAAGGAGCAAAAUUACAGAUGACACCACCCAUCCAGACAGCUACUACGAGCCCGACUAUUUUGUCCCGGACAACCACGGGACAGCUCACCUUUCCGUCAUUGCUGAGGAUGGAAGCGCUGUGGCGGCCACCAGCACCAUCAAUCUGUACUUUGGUUCCAAAGUCAUGUCUCGAUCGACCGGAAUAAUUUUUAAUGAUGAAAUGGAUGACUUCAGCUCUCCGCACAUGACCAAUGGAUUUGGAAUACCCCCUUCACCCAACAAUUUCAUUCAACCAGGCAAAAGGCCGCUGUCUUCCAUGUGUCCUACUAUCAUCUUUGACAAAGAAAACAGAGUGAAAAUGGUUGUAGGAGCGUCCGGCGGCACAAAAAUCACCACAGCCACUGCCUUAGUAAGUCUGAUUCAUCGGUUAUCUGACAGUCUUUUUCUUUUUUCCUGGCUAAAACAGGUCAUCCUGAACUCCUUGUUCUUCAACUAUGACCUAAAGAAAGCUGUGACAGAGCCACGGGUUCACAAUCAGCUCAACCCAAACAUGACCGUGGUGGAGCAGGGCUUUGAAAAGAGUGUCCUGGAGGGUCUGGUCCAGAAGAACCACGUCACACAGCUGCUGCGGACUCCGGACUCGGUGGUCCAGGCGGUGGUGCGGCAGGGCGAGCACCUCUGCGCAGAGUCCGACCCCAGGAAAGGAGGUUAUCCUGCAGGAUACUGACCGCGACUCGAGGUCCUACCCUCCUGCACUCGGACUGGACGGUCUCCUCCUCAAAGACGCUUGGACAGACAAAACACUGAAGACUCGAGCAGUGCUUAAGCUAAGGAGACACAGCCAGGGCUCGUGAUGAUCUUCUUUUACUCAAUCAUGGAAAAUGCCUCCAUUACAAAACCUCUUUUACUCAGUUACGACUUUCUGUCUGGGCAUUAUUCGCCCAAAACGCUUUCUGUAAGACACAGAACACAACACAUUAAAAACAACUAAGAAUCAAUAAACGUCAUAAUAAGAAAUGUUCUUAGGUUUCAUCACCGUGUGUUAGUAAUGAUCUGAUUAGCUGUAGGUUGUCCAUGUAGUAUUUCUUUCAUUGUCUAAGCAGAAAACUAUUGUGAAUAACUGGACAUUUUGUCUGAAGAGGGUUUGGGGGUGAGGGGGUUUCGUGUCAAACCAUCAGUCAGAAACCAGUGGACAAGCAUGCAGGUACACCAGUCGAACAAAAAGGACACCUCAGGUUGUUUGCCUUCAUCUUUCUGCUGAUGGAAGUUGAUCCUGAAGUGAACAUGAGUCAGCAGACUGUGUUGUUUUCUACCGUGACUCUCUAUUGAAACUAUUACUUCUGAACUGUAAAUGUUUAAUACCGAGUAGAGGUCAAGUGAAUGUAUAGUGUAUCCUGGAAAAUACAUUUGCAGAUAUAUUUUUCUAAAACAUGCAUUGUUCUUAUGCCAUGUUUGUUGCCAUGCUUGUUAUUAAACAUUUUAAACAAAGAUGUUAUAUUUUACCAUAUGGACCCUCUGGGUAUUUCUGUGCUCUUUCUGUAAUAGAAUAUAAGGCACAAAAUCACAAUAUCUUAUCUUUUCUUUCAGUUUGUGUUUGGUGUUA